AUGAUUGACACCUCCGUUUUCCGAGCGAUGCCUUUGCCGCAUCAGAUUGGAGCCUUCGGGCGAGACCUCAUGGCAAGCGCUGCCCUGGAGGAGGUGGUGACGAGGGGAACCGCUCCGGCGCACCUCAUCACCAACGGCUUGGGCAUGUGGUACCAUCAGACAGGCGCACCCGAGCGAGAGAAAGAGCUCCGCGAAGCUGCUUCAGAGCUUGCGGAGAGGAUCCAGCCGAGCCAGGCACAUUCUUUUUGCAGGACUGGGUGCCUUUGA